AUGGCUUUCCUCACUUGCCCUCACCGUCACCUUGCUGCCCCCCGGGUUCAGAUAUCGGAUCGUGUGGUCUCCUCUUCCAGGCGGUACCGGCGCCUCUCGCUGAAGUGUGCGCGGCCGACCGAUGAAGCGUCGGUGGAGAAUGGAGGUCCGGCGUUGGUGUGGUUCAAGCGCGACCUCCGCGUAGACGACCACCCUGGCCUGGUCAUGGCGGCGUCUCGGCAUCGUGUGGUCGUUCCUAUCUACGUGUUCGAUCCCCGAAUCUUGUGCUGUGAGUUUUUCCGACAUCCUAAGGCUCGCGUGAGUUUUUUGUGAUCGCUGAUGAAUAGACUCGAAGCGCGAGCAUCGUACUCACCGGGCGGAAGCCUGUCGAUGAGUUGAUUGCGUAUGUCUGAAGACAAAUCCCUAAGUAUGUAGUACUUGAAGACAAUGUAGCGGUGGUAGAUACGAUUAUCGAGAAAUUUAAGGAUGGGCCGAAAAAAUACAUGAGGCGCCAAUUCGGUAGAAAAUGAGCAUUAAGUGGGAAUGUUGUUCGGUUAAAAAAAAAGAAGAUUCUCAACCAGCAGUAAUUUUUACCUAAAGAACUUUAUCCUAUAAAUCAUAGACAUGGUCUAUCUAUAAUUUCUAUGUCAAUUAUACAUGCCUGUGGGCAUGUCAUCUAAUUCGGCUGUUCUGGAAAAUACCUCACUUAUUUGUCAAACUACCUGACAAGCAUUCCUUCAGAAAAAAGAAAAAAAAAUACUAAAUUUUGUACACAAAAAUUUCUGUUUGGAUAAAUAGAAAUACAUUUAUGUUAUUUUUAUAAUAUCAUCCCAUGCAGGCUUUGCUGAUGAUAUACUGGAACUGCUUCUCUUUUCUUUAGAAGACUUACGGAAAGCAUUGAGGGAUCAAGGAUCCGAUUUACUUGUUGCUUUUGGAGAUGUAGAGGAUGAAAUUAUUAAAGUUGCAAAUCAGGUUUUUAACUUUUAAUCUAUCGGUUCAUGUCGAUUCUAUCAUGGAAGUCCGUGAUACAAUUUGGAUUUUUGGACUGUAACAGGUAAAAGCUACCCACAUAUUUGCAGAAGAGGAGGUGGAAUAUAACUUUCGAAGUGUGACCGGUCUUGUGAAAUCAUCUUUAGCCGCCACAUUAUUUUCGUGGGGAAGCCCUGAGUUUUACUCAUGGGAUACCCCGUUAUAUGACAUUGAGGUAAUUUAAUGUUAUUAAAAUCAGAUGUCAUUAUUUUUGUACAAUCUAAAGGUUAUUUGAAUGUUUAGAGCCUCAAAGAACUUCCUACUUCCUACCGCGACUUUCAAAAACUGAAGAUUCCUACAAUUAAACCGGUUCCACCUCCAAAAUUGCCUGCCCUGGGUAUAGAGUUGGAGAGAGGUAAAAUCUAAAAUUAAUAAAAAAAUUAAAUCAUGUUCCCAUUCGUUCUUAUGUCCCUUGUUUAAUCGGGAAACACUUUUUAUUUCUUGCUUGGUCUAACCCUUCAGGUGAUUUACCUACAUUUGAUAAUCUCAAAGAGUACCUGCGUCGCAAUGGUUCCUUGUUGGACGAAAGCUGGACUUCUCUCAAGAGAACGCCCGCCGCGUACAUUUUAAAUCGAGGGAAGGACAAUCAAGCUCAGGAGCUUUCGCCUGUAAUCGAAGACCUUGGAAAAUCAUACUCUGGAGAAAGCGAAGGCACAUCUUCACCUAAUAACGUUCUCCAAAAAAGGAAGACGGAAAAUUCCGUUUUUAUAUCUAGGAAGAGUAACAUAGUGAAAGGUGGCACAGAUGUUGUCUUGAAUGCUUUGGCAGCUUAUUUAAGAUAUCUGGAAGGAACAGCAAGGGAUGAUUGGCAAGAGUACGUAGGCAACAGUUAAUUUGGCGAUUUAUUAUUACUCAAUUCGUUCUACUUAGCCAUAUUUUCCUUUUGUUCGGAUUUUUUCUGUUGACAUAAUCCUUACGUUGUCUUUGUUGAGCGCAAACGAUUAAUAUGUGAAAAGAAAAUGAAGGUCAUUCUUUCCUUAAAACCAGCUUUAUUAGUGAAGUAUACUGGAUGCAAACAGAGACCUAGUCAGACAAAGCAAACAAGGUGUCUAUUAUGUGUACUUAAUGGUAGCUGGUGAAUGAUUGUUGGCAUAUUUAUCACCUGUUUGAUUUUUUAUCCCACGUAUUAGACAAAACUUAGCCAAGAUAUUUCAUUUAAACUGGCCAUGUUUGAGUACCUUAUAAGAAAAACGAGGAAGUGUUAUUUGAGUAGGAGAGAAAGGUAAUAUGGAUUAAAUAGUGUAAAAAUAAGGAAACGACCUCUGAGUGGACAUUCUAUCCACUAAGCAACCCCAUUUCUAGAAUCUCACUCUUAAUCAAGGAAUUCAUUGCUACAUUUCAGUUGUUCACUGUUUCGUUGAAUUCAGUAUAACAGGACUGAAGUGUCUCCUUGCUGUAGGAUGACAAAUUCAUCAUUGUUGUUGAAGCUCUCUUUAAGCAUUAGUUUAAGACGAUUUUCAUUUUUUCCUUUGAAGUUUUUUUUUGGGGAGCAUUGUGCACAUGCGGAAGAGGAGAUGUACCGUUACCACUCUACAAGUUGGUUGGUAUCUAGCUUAGAUUUCAAAAGAUUUAACAUGAGCUGUGAAAUCCUGUCGACCAGUUAACGAUGAUCGAUAGUUUUUAAGAUUUUUUUAUGCUAUCAACCAUUUUAACACCUGCAUGUUAUCCAAAUGAAGAGUUCUAAUCAUUUACAUCGUUUUCGUAUCAGCCAUAUCACUGGAGUUUUGUCUUUGAAUGUAACUAUAACUUAAGUAAUUUUUGUUUUGUUUUGUCAAGGGUGCAUGAGAAAUUACGAUAUACUGAAAAUAGAGUAGGAGCAUCAUUUGGCAUGCUGUUUGGUGCUGUGCUUUAUCUUGGUGUUGUGUCAAGAAGGAGAGUUCAUUAUGAAGCUAUAAAAUAUGAAAAAGAGCGUAAUGCAGGCUUCUUAUCUCCAUUUGGGUAUUCCGUUUUUACAGUUGCAGCUGCAGUCAAUGCAGCCAUAUCAAUGGAGGUAAUAGCGGGAAAAUAUUUAUUUUCCCAGUUUACGUUUGGUUAUUUACGUAUAAUUACCUUUGUUUCAAUUCUGACGUUAGGCACUUGACAACUUACGUUUCUUUCUUGCUACCAAACUUAUAUCAGUUUUUUUUCUUUUUCUUUGGAGCAGUGGUAUUGGCUUCUUGCUUUAAAAAGCCAAGUAUAUGAAGAAGGUAGUUAUCCUGUUCGAAUAUGGAGUUGGAAUGGUUACUUGAUUCAGGUACUGCUCCACGCGACUAAGUAGCAUAAUUUCUUAUUAACCAGUAUAUGUUUCUAUCUCUAUCUUUUAUGUGGAUUUAAAUGUAUGGAUGCCCAUGUUGCUGAAUCCUCACGCAUUUAAUUCACGGUUCUAACUGGUGGCAAAGCUUAUCUUUUACCAUGUCCUGUUGUAUCUCACACAAACACUCUGUCACUGGUCGUAAAUACAAAGUUUCUACCAUACUUUACUAAAAAGACGACUAUUUAUGGAUGGUGAGUAUCAGAGAGCUGGUUGAUCUUUGGAGUUGAUCAUUUCUGAACAGAGUAUUGAUGUUGCCUAGUUGGUUGCGAAGUUCAUGGACUGACAGCAAUAGAUGUCCAUUUAACUAAAAUAGCAAGUUCAUCUUUUUCGAAAUUUUUUAGUGAGGCAAAUAUCAGAUCCAUCUCCAUUAUCCCAUGGCAUAUAGCAUUUGACUUAUCUCAUGCCUUAGGGCUAGUAUCUGAUGGAGAAUUUUUCAUGGAUUUGUUAUAUCAUAUAUCAUAUACAGGCGUCUCUUGUCUUUGGACAAUACAGAGGAAAGAUGAAACGCACCGUGUGCACCUGAAAUUCCAUGUACGUUAAAAAUAAGUAUUAGAUUUUUUUAAGUUCACUGUUUUCCCGCACACGUGAAACUUUCUUAAAACGUUUAAUUGGUUUAUGUCACACUUGAAGCUUCUUGUUGAAAUUAUGCAUUGAAGAACGGGAAAUGAAGUCCCAACUAGAUAAUAGCUGAUAAUAUAAAUAUAGCUUUCCAUGAGGCAUCAACCUCAGACUCAAGAUUGAAUAGCAAUAACCUGAUGGCAGUGUACUCUAUCUCUUGCGAGGACGUUGUUUCUGUCUUGAGAACACUAGUGUAACGCGGACACACAAAUUUGUAUCCAAUCAAAAUUUAUCACAUGAAACGUAAAAUUUGGUUUGGAUUUCUAGAAAAGCAUUUCAUUCUCAAUACUUCGGUUCAUAACAACCCAACAUACACCAUUCAUUCCAUAACUUUUCCUGCUUCAGUACACAGUUGUCGGGAAGGAGGGUCCUGCAGUUCUCCUAGUACAUGGAUUUGGUGCAUUUUCAGAGCAUUACCGUGACAACAUUUCUGCGAUAGCUGAUGAUGGGCAUAGAGUUUGGGCAAUUACACUUUUAGGAUUUGGUAGAUCGGAGAAGCCAAAUGUUAGGUAUACAGAACUCCUGUGGGCGGAGUUGCUGAGAGAUUUCAUUGUUGAUGUUAUUGGAGAGCCUGUCCAUAUUGUUGGUAACUCAAUCGGCGGUAUGUGGCACAUUCGUCAUUUGAAUUAAUGAAUUUUAUAUCAAAAUUUUACCGUCCAUUUUUAAUGCCUUGUGGUUUCCCCCAGGUUAUUUCGUUGCUUUGGUUGCUGGCCUGUGGCCUGAUCUCGCUAAGACGGUGGUUCUUAUGAACACAGCAGGUUCUGUUAUUCCAGGAUAUUCUUCGGUCUCGCUAACAGACGUGAGAGAAGUUAAUUUCUGCCUUGAAUACCAAUUUCUUUAUUUGAGUUACAUAUGCCAAUAUGAACUGUUUUUUCAUUCUCACCCAGAUAUGCUCAUUAACAUGUUUCCAGCCAUCUACUUAUUUCUCAGUUUAGUCUUGAAAACUUUAUGGAGGGGAGAAACUUGUACAAGUCGUAAAUAUGCGCUCAAUUUAGACAUUUUAUUUCCCUAUACUUUGCUUGGAACCUCAAUAUGGUGCAUAAAGAAGAGGGAAUCAAUGAACAGAAGAUGUGCCAUACUCGCUUCAAACGUAAUUCUAAAUUCUUCAUGAAUUUACACACUGUUCGAUGCCCAGUAUUACCAUUGCUGAGUUAAAGCAAUUAGUCUUUCCAUUAAUUCACAGAACAUAACUGAAAUUGCCAAUGAUUAUACAUGAAAGUAAUCCCAUUUUCUUUAUAACUUAAACAACAUGAAUGCAUUUUUACCAUGAAGUCGUUUAAGAAAUAAUUGCACGAAAAUUUGGCAUGAAACUUGGAAAUGGAGAUGCUGUCUCCUUUUUGGAUCUGAAGUUGACGAUCUCAUCGCUGCAUUCCGUUAGAAAUCGUGGUUGAAUGGACGUUGACAGGUCUGUUUUGAUGGUGGUUUUGAGACGUACAUGAAAACUGAAGCGAGACGUUUCGAAAAAAUGCUACCAUGCCAAGGAAACGAUAGCUAUCCGGAUUAUUAUUUUUCUAUAAUUUCCUCCGGAUUUUUCUGGUUGAUAAAUUUUCAGGACGCUUUUUCUUCUACCUUGACAUCUAUUUUGACAACUGACUGAGGCUGAGUCUCAAAGUCGUAUGUACCACGAGGUCAAUCGCUUUCCUCGCCACUGAAUAUUUGUUUUCAUUUUUUUUGAUGAUUUGGAGCAUGGCUUUGAAGUCCGUCAGCGAUUGUCAAGGUUCCAGCUCGCCGAUGGCUAAAGGGCUAAGGGGGACCCUCCAGCCAAUGACCAUACUCCCUUCUCUUUUCAGAAUGCAGAUGCUCAGACGCAACUGCCUAAUUCACUCGCUUACCAUCUAAUGAUCAUACCCUUUCCAUGUUUGCUCUUUCCAGCAUGCUCGGGUAGCAGCUCGUAAUAUGUAAAUUUAUUCACUCCUCGUCCUUUUUUUAUAUAUUAUUGGAGCCAUAUGAUAUACAUAAACACAAGAUAUUUCUCGGAAUUUCCCCGUCUCUUUUGUUCAUUAUCUUCUAGGUAAGGGUAUCCUCUUCCUCAAUGUUGAAACCAUAUUUGUAUGCCUUUUCAGACAGGACCAUCUGGCUUUGCAUGGAUAGGUUCUCGGCUCCUGCUGGCGUACCUGAAGCUUAGAGCUGAAAAUAUACUGAAGAACUUCUAUCCAACCGUAUGAGAGGAUUUGGAUACUAGAAAUUUGAUCCUCCCCCUUGAUAUCCCGAAUCUCCACCACCCCAUUUUCCUCACUGAUUUUUUUCUAUUAUUCGUCUUGUAGAGUCCAAUGCGAGCAGACAAGUCACUCGUGGAAGAAAUGCUGAGAGCAGUAUCCUUUUUCGCAGAUUUUAUUAUGGAAACCAUGCAGCUUGUCUGAGAUAACCAGCCCACUAAACUGGAAAACGGCUUGUUCGAUUAUACCUCGUUCCGUUACAUGUCUGGUGCAUUUAUUCCCUUACAUAUGCGGUAGUCAGAGGACCCUGGCGUGCUCGUUGUCCUGGAGAGCAUCUUUAGUUUCAAUCUGGGGAUUCCUCUCAACUAUCUAUUGGAAUCAUUCGAUGGGAAGGUUUUAAUUAUCCAGGUACAGCUCACAAAUUUCCACUUCUACCUCGUCACAGAGUACCGGCUCAUUAUUUCCCCUAAAAGCCUUUUUCUCUCUCUUACCAGGGAAUUAAAGAUCCUCUAUCCAAGGCCAAGGUGAGAUUGGCCAUGCUCAGGGAGCACUGCGAUGGAGUCAUCAUUCGUGAACUAGAUGCAGGUAAUUUUAUUAAUAAUAAUAAUUAUUAUCGUCGUCAUCAUCACCAUCACUUUGCAUUUUUAGAAAUACAUCAAGAAAUUCCGGUGUUUUCACAAUGCCAGCCGUAAUUUUCAAAUUCACCGAUUCAUCCCAUUUCACCUGCUUUUGGUUAUCUAUGUUUGAUCUUGGCACUGAUGAGAAACACUACCUAGAUACGGUAUUAAUAAGCUGAGUUUGGCCCCACAAUUAUUCCGACUUAGAGCCCCAUUCUUUGGCCAUUUUCAUGAUGCUAAUCACAUCGCCCCCCACCUCCAGGCCACUGUCCUCAUGACGAGCAGCCCAAGUUGGUGAAUUCAAUCUUAAGCGAGUGGACAGCUGCAGCGACAGUCAUCUCAUCUCCUGUGGGCAACCCCUAG